AUGGAAUCAUCCAUCAGUUACUGCAUCGAAGAUGAACUACGUUCCCCUGCGUGUGGAAGCGUUUGUCAAAGUACGAAAGAGAAAGCCAAGAAACGUCUCUCUGAGAAGUCGGAUGGCAUGUACCUCUCGCCAUCUUUCCUAAAACGGGAAUUUCAAUUCGUAGGCGCUUACUCGAUGGUCUUCCACAGGUUUCUCUACGCCAUACUACAAUUUCAGAAUAUGCGGGACUACUAUCCAAUCACAGUCAUGGACAUCGACAUGGUCCUCGAAGAGCUUCUUUAUGGACUACACGAAACUUAUGACCUGAUGCUACGGUGUAUAAACGAAAAGAAGAGGCUGCUAGCUAUUCGAAUCCUGACAUGGAUGUUCGAGGAUCUUGCUGACUUUAUCCCGUUGAUUUCCGCUCUCUGGAUGCCCUCGAUGAUGACACGACAUGGAAAACGGCCUCUCAGGGUCCGAGAUCCCUAUGCGUGA